AUGGAACGUUUAUCGCGUUUUAUUUUAAUUUUCUGUGUAUUCUAUCAGUCACUAGAAGCAAGGAAAACGUGCUUCAACGUUGGCGGCAUAAUAUGCCCGGUGUUCACGCCAGUGGACAGCGAUGGAGUCCUCAACCUGAAUGUCAUUCCUCAAUACGCCCAGUACUUACAGGAUCAAGGAGUUGAUGGCAUCCUUGUGGCAGGAACCGCAGGAGAAGGUCCUACUGUAAAUGUAACAGAUAUGAAGCAUCUGAUAGAUGCUUGGCUAAGUGUGUCCAAGUCACUCAACCUCUCAGUCAUCAUACAAGUUGGAGGUAGACCAUUGCCUGACGCACAAACACUUGCAGCAUAUUCAGAGGAAGCCGGCGCUGAUGCCAUUAUGACCAUACCUGAGUUGUACUAUAAGCCUAAAACUGCCAAACAGCUUGUUUACUUCAUGCAGGAUGUCGCUCGAUAUGCACCAGAGACGCCAAUCUUGUACUACCACGUGCCCUCAUACUCCGAUGUUGAUGGAUUGGACAUGGUGGAGUUUUGGAAGCUGGCCACUCAGAGGAUCCCAACUUUCAAAGGCAUUAAGUCAGCUGUAUUUGAGACUUCAUUGAUGCUCCAAGACAAAGUGAUGGAUGAUCAGAAGAUUUUUGUUGCAAAUUCUCUCUACUUAGCACCGGCUGUCCUAAUGGGUUUUAGAGACAUCAUUAUAAUUGAAAUCAACUUGUUCCCUACCUUAAUCGAAGAAAUAGUAAGCAAUGGCAGCCGAGGAUACACGAAGACAGCCAUUUCAAAGUAUAGAAAAAUGAGGGAACUGAGGAUCGUUAUCACUAAAGAAGGUGGAACCAUAUCCUCAUUCAAAGAAGCUAUGCCACUGGUAUCCGGCAUCGAUGUAGGACCAAUUCGACCACCAGAGACCCGACUCACGACUGAUCAGGUCAUACGUCUUGAAGAAAGACUCAGGGACGCAGAUGUUGAUAUCGUGAAGUCAGAAUUUCAGGACUAA